AUGAUGGCUCGACUCAAGAUGAACCCUCCACGGCGUCGGGAGUCACAUGAGGCCGACAACAUACUCUCCAGCGAGCCAGUCGGAGCUCACCACACUUGUUCGCCCAACGAGCCUCUAAAAGCAUUUCCCAGGCCAUUCCUCUCAACUUUGCCCCUUCCCACAUCUCAAGUUUCAAGCCUAGUUGAUUCAUCGAUCUUAACCCCUUCCGGGAUCAUUCAGGAAAACAAGCCAAUUGACGUCAUCCGUGGCAGCUACAUUCCCGAUCAAGAUCUGGCCAUCAUCCCAAAGUGGUCCGUCCAGCUUCAACGUCGACCCGACUUUCCUUCCUUUUUCAAAUUAUCAGACUUGGAAAUUGGAGAACCAGACACAAACUCAGCGACUCCUGAAGUCUCAAUGACCGGGCCAACAACCCGGUCCCCAGCUCGGGACGGCUUUCCCGCAGCAUCAACUACUCAAACGGUGCCACAGAAACGCAAGAGAGCCGCUCCAAAGUCAAAGAGCUCUACAACAUCAAAGUUCGUUGAGAAUGAAAACUCGGAAGCAGUUGGGGAUACUGGGGCUUGUGCCUCAUCGGCGGCUCAUAAUGAACCUUCGCAGGAGGCAUCGUCGAAGCUCAAGCUCAUCUUCAGAGGCCCACAACCAGUGACAACCGACCCCAAAGUUAAAUCCACCGAAUCUCAAACUACAUCAUCACUUGCGACAGAUGAAUUCCAGGAUUCUGACAGCCAUUCUCCAAUUUCAUCGCUGGUGGAAGGGGAUUCCGGUAUCUCACUUGCCAAUGCCGAAAAAGAGGGAUCCUUGUCAAAGGAGAAUGGUGUCUAUGGGGUUUCAACAGAGCCUAUAGAGCCUGUUUCCAUGACGGAUACCGUUGAUUUAAAGAAUCUGGUUCUCGAAGAACAGUCUCUCAGCCAGGUUGAUGCUUCGCCUCAUACAGCUUCCACGGCUCAGGAUGAAACGUUGAUCCCCUCAGCUCCUUUGAAAGCUCCUCGCAAUCUAGCGACUGAUCCAGAUACUCUUGUCAAAUCUUUGAUUUCUGUCAAUGGUGUCGAGACUAACGAGGAAUUGCCGGAUGCUCUUGAUACCAACGAAUCGGUCACCGCUCCACAGCCCACAGUCGGUGCACGGGAGACUCUCGCUUUCAUUGAACUUCCACACAAUCUGGGAUUCUUGCCUGCGUCCACUAGUAGUGCCAGCUCUACUGUACCCGCAGGUAGUCUUGCCAAAGAGACUCAGUCUCAACCUCUCCGUGAGACCAAUGUCACCGACCCGAUUAUGGAUGGCAAGCCUGUGGCUGAUACCGCCAUCCCGACAAACCUAGCAGCUCAGGAAGUAGAUGGAGUGAAAAAGCCAGCCAAGAAAACCAGCUACGGCUUGACUCCUGGUCGAACUCCCUACCCGAAUUGGAAAGCCCCGUCUGUUGAAGCGUGCCGUAUAGUCAAUGACCUACUAACACAGGUCCAUGGGGAAGUCAUUGCCCCCAAGACCAUUCCUGAGCCUUCACUCACUGUAACUGGCUGCGGUGAGGUUCCAUCGGUACUGGAUGCUUUGAUCCGCACUCUCCUCAGUGGUGCCACGACUGGACGCAAUUCUGCCAGGGCCUUCGAUGGGCUUGUGCAGCGGUUUGGGACACUUACCGAGGGGAUUGGCAAGGGGAGUGUGAACUGGGAUGCCGUUCGGCAAGCGCCAUUGCGCGAUGUCUUCAAAGCUAUCGAACGCGGUGGCUUGGCAGACAUCAAAAGCAAGAACUUGAAGGCUCUCCUGGAUCAAGUCUACGAAGAGAAUCAAGAGCGCAAGGAGCGCCAUCACGCCGAGGACUCUGACACAGAGAAGGCAGGCAUGUCCUCCGACAAAACCAAAGAAGCCGAUGAGGCCAAGGAGUACGAUAUCGCCAGUGCCAAUGAUCAUUUCCUCAAUCUUCAAUACGUGCACAAGUACAGCAAAAACAAAGCUUUGAAGGCUCUGAUCAGGUAUCCCGGCAUUGGACCCAAGACGGCAGCCUGCGUGCUUCUCUUCUGUCUGCAGCGCCCUUGCUUCGCCGUCGAUACACACAUCUUCCGUAUCUGCAAGUGGCUUGGCUGGGUGCCAGAGAAGGCUAAUGAAGUCACGGCCUUCAGCCAUCUGGAUUUCAAGAUUCCUGAUGAGCUGAAGUACUCCCUCCAUCAGUUGUUCAUCAAGCAUGGCAAGGAAUGUCCACGCUGUCGUGCAAUCACCAGUCCAACAAGCGCAGACUGGGAGAAAGGGUGUGUCAUCGAGGAGCUGGUCAAGCGAACAGGAAGGAAGAAAGUAGGUCCUUCUCGCCCGCAUGCGCAAGCUGGGCCUGCAAAGCGGAUAUCAAAGACGACGAAGAAAACUGUCAAGCGGACCGCCAAGAGGAAGCGUACCACGGCCAAGUCUGACAAGAAGGCGGCAAAGAUCACUCGUGCGACAAAGCAGUCUGCAGACAAACAGCCGGACUCUCAGCAAGCCCCACUCGCUGAAGUUGCGGAACAAUUGGGAGAGACCCAGCCUCCUCUUGACCAAUCUCAGGCGUCAGCACAUUCGGAAACAUUGAAGCGCAAGCGUGGCGACUCGGAUGCCAACGUUCCCCUCAGAAAGCAGCCAAGUCGCACCAGCAAGAAGCCUUAUCCGGCUACCGAUCCAAAGGCGAAAACUACACGAACGGUGGAGAAGCCAGCUUCUAAGAAACCUGCUCCUAAAAAGUCCGGCACUCGGAAAACAGCCAAGAAGUCACAGCCUGCUGCCGCCGUUGGAACUCGUACGUCGCCACGGUUGAAGUUGAUUCUCAAGCAGAAAAGUGGGGAGACAUCUUGA